AAUCUCGCCAGCAACGAACUGCGUGUACUGGAGGAGGGUCUGUUCUCAACAAAUGCACAUCUCACCACAAUCCAGCUUCAAAAUAAUCAAAUCAACACCGUCGACGAAAACGUAUUUUACAACGAAGCCGAUAGCCAACUUUCUAGCUUAGAGUACAUUAUACUUAGCGACAAUAACAUAACAGAGAUUAACAUUCCCAACGUAAGGGUACCCAAUCUCAUACUAAACAACAACAGGAUCACGCACAUCCACAUAUCAUCCAAAGUGCACUAUCUGCAAGCUGAAAAUAACCGAAUAUCCUCCAUCACGUUCGAUAACGUGUCAGAAGCCGAACUGCAGCAAUUGAAACUAAAGAAUAAUUCGAUAUCUUCUCUUGAUGUCAUUGGUCGGUUGCAAAAGCUGGAAACACUGGACUUGUCUUACAACUCACUCGAUCCGCUAAACGUAACAACUUUCGGAAUGCUCAAACACUUGACAGUGCUAGACUUGGCGAAAACGAACAUUUCAAAUCUUCAGCACGGUACUUUCGGGCAUCAGCAGGAUUUAACGUGGCUCGAUCUGUCGUACAAUAACUUGGACCAUCUGGAUAUAGAUGUGCUAGUGUCAUCAUCGAGAUUGGAAAGCCUCUACUUAGAAGGCAAUCACUUGACGCACUUGGAAUAUUCGAAGAUAAAAACAUAUUUCCCAGGACUUAAAGAUAUUGGUAUUGGUGACAAUGACUGGAACUGUGCGUACCUAACCAAACUGGUAGCCUACUGUAAUGAACAGUCUAUAGAACUCUACAAAACGGCCACUUUAGAUGUUCUCAAAAAUCAACCACAUGUAAAAGGUGUUUACUGUUCCGAUGAUAAGCAUCUGACGCGCAACUGGACGACGGCCAUAGAACAUCUUUAUAAAGACACCAACCGAUCUGCUGGCGAUGCUCUAGAACUAUUGUUCCGGAACGUUUUGGCAGACGUUAGAAGAUCCGGCAGCGAUUAUUCCGAAGCGAUCAAUAAAACUCUCAAGAUGACAGUGUUUAAUCUAACCAAACAACUGUUUCAAUUGCAGAGCGAUCUCGACACACUCCGUCAGGCGCAGCUUGAGACACAACUGACAUAUUUGGCGAAUCACACACAAAACUCGAACUGUAGCAUGGACGAGCGGAAACGAGUGAUAGAAAGUACCAACAUGAGGAUUGAUAAGCAAGAGCUUGCUAUCAAAAUGAUGGAGCUCAACUUUAGCCAACAGUUGUCGAAAGUAAACAAGGCGUUGGAAAUGGCGAACGAAAAUAUUGAUAAGCUGACAGUUCUAAUGAAACAAAUGAAACAAUCGCCCAACAAUAUAGAUGAGGCGAAGAGUUACAGUGCCUUAGCAGUGGAGAAGCAGACUCAGCAAGCCAAAUACAGCACAGACGAUCCGCACAAGGGUCACAGCAACGUUUGGAUCGUCGCAGUGCUACUGGUGAAUGGAUUGAUACUAAGUCUGUUGUUUGUCAAUCUGUACAACAAAUACUACCGCUCACGAACAGUUCAGAGAAAUCAAAUAGAGAAUUCAAGUUUGACGACGAUCGUUGACCAUGAGAUAUAAUGUGUUUGCGACCAACAACGCAACAGAACGGUGACGCUUCAGGUGUUCUCGAAGAGCAGUCAAGACUAGAAGACAAGUAGUUCAGAGUGAGAUGAUCGUUAUCAUUUUGAAUGCACCGUACCGCACUAUUAUCACCUUUUGUUUAAUCUUAGAAGAACGGACCGGGCCGUAUUUAUUGUUCCUAAAUCCUAAAUUCUAAAUUACCCGACUACUACGUAAUUAUCAUAGAAAACAAGAGCCCCAAAGAGCUAAAUUAUGUUAAUUAGUAUUUUGUUUGAUAGCCUAACCGUGUAUUGGUCGGCUAAUAAUGACAUGAAGCUCCAACGCUGCGUCCUGUGAGACGCUGUGCGCCUUUACGAGUGCAAAUGCCAACCGCAAAACGUGGGCUAUUGGUGUCAUUCUAAGCAGCAAGCGUGAUCUUCGAAAACUUGCCGUAACUUGGAUAACACUAGUUUGUAACCAUCUUUUCAAAAUACAUUAAAUUAUUAAGGACAACUUUAAACACGCUUCUCAGGCAACAAUGAAAACGAUGACAAACUAUGAACAAGAUAAGACGGUAAAACAAUCUCCGGGUAGCCGUUUAAGUGGCUUACAGUAUAUGUUAUCCAACUGUUCAUAAUGUUAUCCUCUUGGCAUCAUCUCAAAUAUGUUACUGGACAUUCUAAAACAUUAAUAAGAAAGAACAGAAAUCAUCAACAGUAAAAUAUAUAACAAAAAUAACU